AUGAAUAAAGGAAGCGAAAGCGAAGAAAUCUUAGAUCCAUAAAAUUAUAGUAGGAGUUUUAAGUAAAUAAUUUAAACAUAAAAAUUAGUAGGAAAAGCAAUAGACCAUAACAAUAUUAAAAGGUGAAUGCAAAUUUACGAUAAUAAAUAAUAGACUAAGCUUGUGUCAAAGGGCAACCUCUAAGAUAAGUUUUAUAUAUAAAAUUUUACAUUAGAUUGCAUAAACAUUAGGGAUUAAGUAUUCUACAGCUAAAGCAAUAGUAUAGGUAUACCAGAGCGAAGGGAGAAUAGGAAAAAAAAGAACAAGAGAUAAACGAAUAUAUUAAGAAUUAGAAACUUACAUAUUAAUUGUCAAUAAACAAACAGGUAAUAUAGAAAAAUUAAAGCACAGGUCCGAAUGUAAUGAUCUAAAGACAAAUUUUCUGAAUGCUAAAUUAAAGUAAAAAAUUUUAAGUUAUAGCAGUCUUGAAGAAGCUCAUUACUAAUAAAUUGCUUAAUACUUGGGAAAGUAUAAUCUUUGUUUACCUCAAGAAAAUUAAGAGAUAUAAAACUAGAGCAUUAUUAAUCUAAUGAGAAUCUUAAAUGAGCAAUAUAAACAAUUUUAGGAACCUGAUGAAAAACAAUUAUGA